AUGGAUAUGCUUAAAGCAACAGGUGGGAUGGUUGGACCUGUUUUCAGGGGAAAGUUAGAUGGAUACAGAGAUGAGCUCAAUAAUGGAAAGGAAUUGAAUGAAGAUCAGUUGAAUGCAAUUGGGAAGUAUGAACAAGUUGUAGAGGUUCUGGAUUUAGCCAAAGACCUUCAGAAGAAUUUUUUCACCAUCAUUCAAGAUGCUGCAAAGCAUCAGAAGAAAGUGGCAAAGAGGGAGCAGUUGGAGAGGCAGCAACAGGAAAUGCAGAAAAUUAAAGAACUUCUUAUUUUACAAGACAUUCUAAACAGAAUUGAUACUGAAGAAGUUCGAAAUGAUUUCUUAUCAGGUUCAAAUGGAGCUUUAAAACUAGCUGAAGAUGAUCUAAACAACCUAGAUGAGCUCUUCAAGCUUGUUUCACCAGACCGGGGCUCUGAAGAGGAAGAAGUUGCUCCAUUUGAGGAACAGUUAACAACAUGUAGUGAACACAUAUUCUAUCUAAUUGAAGGAAGAAAUAAAGAAGUUUUGGGAACAACCUACAAAAACUUAAAAGAACUCUUAUCAAAAAUCCACGAGUCAGGGUACUUUGAUGACACACCCAAAGAUGCCCCAGGAGAACCUGAGGAGGCUUGUGAAAAUGUAAAACCUGUAGAUUACGAGUCUGGUGAAGCUGAAACUAGCAUGGGAGAUAAUUACACACAAGCAGAACUGAGAACAGAAAUUGUUCCGGGGGAAAACUGUCAGGUCCAGCUUGAACAUACACAACAAGUUAGAGAAACUGGUGAUGCAUCAGGCCAUGUUGACAGGGCUGUGUAUCCAGCAGAGACAGUAGCUCCCACUUCAGGCACUAAACCUAUCCAAGAAGUUCUUGCCGAACAAGGAAACUUCAACUUUCUUCAAGAAUCGCAGAUUGAUCUUGAGUCACCGCACAUGGAUCCAGCUGUUGUUGUUGCCCACCCAAUGACUCCAGCACCACCUAUGGGAUACCACCCUGCUCAGUACCCAGUAGGCAGUACUGUAAUACACAUUACAGAUAAUCAACAACCACAAAAUCAGACUCCACAAGAUGGAAAUGUUGCAAGGGUCCAGUCAACACAGCAAACAAGCAGUGUUACACAACUCCAACAAAGCCAAGUUCUGUUGUCAGAGAUUGAUCCAGCACAACCUAUUCCUACACAAACAUUCACCAACCAGAACUACCCAUCAAUUCAAAACAUGCUUCAUCCAGCUGGAGGUGCAUCAACAUAUCCUGCUUAUGCUCCUGUUACACUUAGUCAUGGACAGCAAGUUGUUGGAUUGACCAUGGCACCUCCAAAUAUCUCAUCAAGCAGUACAUCCACUUCAUCACCUCCAGCAGAAACUGGUGGAUUGAAUCACCCAAGUCACAUCUCUGAUGUCACCAGCCAAGAAGACACAAAAGAUCAUUAUAAUCGCACAGGAGACUACCAAACCACUUCUACUGGCGAGGAACCUCUAGAAGAAUCACAGUUUUCUUCAUCUGUUGAAACACAAGAAACAUCUAGUUACUCACAAAUGCAGAGUUCUAAUUUUGGUCAGUCUAGAGGAAAUUAUAAUCCCAACCGUGGUGGUCAAAGAGGAAGAGGAAGAGGUGGUCCUGCAAAUGGUUACAGUAAAGGUAUUGGCAGUGGGCGUGGAGGAUACAGCAAUGGGCGAGGAGGCUACCAAGGAUAUUAUGGUAACCGUGAAGGCUAUGGCAACAACUAUGGAAAUAACUUCAGGCGAGGAGGUGGAAUGCAACGUGGUGGUGGAGGAAACAGACCUCCUCGAGGUGGACAAAGUACAAGGGGUAACCCUCGUGGAGGGUACAGACCAAGAGAUCAAUAGACCUGCAUUCAGUAAAUGAUUACUUAAAAGAUUAAAAAAAAAUGUUCUCGAACUUGGCAGUGGCAUUAAAAAGACAAAGGAAAUAUACUUUCAGAUUUUUUUCUACACUUGGCAAAAUUGCCAUCUUCUUUUAUUACAACCCUCUUGAUUGUCCACAAGCUUUGGAAAGGUCUAGCAUCCUAUGGUGCUUCCAGAUGAUAGUAGUAAACAGAAACAAGAAAAAAGUGAGCUGAAAAACUCUGGAUAGUGUGUAACAAGUGUUAGGACAUUCACAAUUCCGUUCAGUUACCCCUCCCAGUGGAACUUUUCAGGGACCAGCUGUGAUGUGAUGACUAAUGUUUUUCAGUGGCAUGAUUGGACAGUUUCAUGUUGGUAAAAAAUUAAUAAUAAGAAGAUGGGAAGCUUCUCUUUGUGCAGAGAACUCUAAAGCUUGUGGAUUAAAUGAUUACAAUAAUACAUGAACAGAUAUAUGGAGGAAGUUUUACAGAAGUAGUGUGGAUUAAGAGAUCUUCAAAUUUCAGAAUGAAGUGAAGGCAGAUUUCAUUGGGCAACAACCAGAAUCGCUGCCAGCUAUCUUUCCAAAUUUUUAGUGCUUAAAUGAACACUGUAGCUUCAAAAUUUAAAGAUGUUCAUCUUUCUUUUUGGAAGUGUGUGUGUGCAUGCACGUAAAAAUAAGAAGUGACUUGAUGUGGCUAGGAUGUUGUACAACAUUAGUACUUUCCGUUAAAUAUUGAUCAGGUUUAUUGCCCUGUUAUUUAGUUUAAAUGAUAUUCUUACAGAUGUAUGUCAGUUAAGCGCUUAGCAACAUGGAUAGUCAUAAGUUUACCCACAGUGCCUCUGUUACCCAAACAGAAUCCUGAAUUUCCCACUUUACAAUUUCAUAAAGUAGUAAUCUAAAUAUUUUAAGUUUUCUCUGUCAGUCAUGACUGAGUGUACUUGUCUACACUUCAGAUUUUUUAUUAGAACAUGCUGUUAUUUAGUUUCAGUUCAAAUAAAGUGUUCUGAUAAGCAUA